AACUACCUCCUCCAGUCCGCCGCCUGGGGUUUCUUGCUCGGAAGCAGAAGCUCUCCCUCUUGGACUGGAUAGCAAUGGAGUUAUCCAUUUCCAUGGCAGGCUCUGCUGCGGCCAUGAGCCUCGUGAACCCCAAGAUGAUCAAUCACAAAUGCGCCAUUGGGCUUCGGCCACCGGUUCAGUUUCUGCAUGAAGUGCCAUCUUCCGCUUGUUCGAUGAUGUUCAACUCACAAUGCCUAAAACGAAUCAACCAUAAAGUUUGCAGAGCGCUUCAGGCAGUAGCUCCAGUACAAUGUACGGAAAAUCCCACGGAAGCGCCGGCAGUCUUUACAGAUUUCCAUGUUUCUGUGCUUACUGAAGAAGAUGGAGCGAUAAAGACACAGAUACGAGUAACUGUUAGCAGUAAAAUGACUGAUUCUAUCUUCGAGAAAGUCUUCUCAAAGCAUGUUGCCGCAGCACAGCCACUUCCAGGAUUUCGACGAAUGAAAGGAGGGAAAACACCAGAUGUACCAAAAGAAGUCGCUCUACACUUGAUCGGACCAUCAAAAGUGAAGAAGGCAGCCAUCAAGAAAAUCAUUAACCAUGCAGUGGCUGAGUAUGUUGAAAAGGAAAAACUCGACACAUCGAAGAACCUGAAGGUUCUGCAGAGCUACGAGGAGCUCGAGGCAGCGUUCGAACCCGGAAAAGAGUUCUGCUUCGACGCGGCUGUCCAUCUGGCAGGAAACUGACGCAGUGAAGGCAGUUCUAUGAUGACAUUAGAAAGAUGAACUUUGCAGGGAAGGAAACUCCUUGGCAGCUUCCCCUUGACCUUGAGCUUCCUAAUGGGUUGUUUUAUGACAUUAGAUAUUGUGCAUGGACUCUGCUAGUCUGCCACACUAAUGGAUUAUAUAUGACUGUUUGCUUGAAUUUUUCACCGAAUGAAGGGGAAAAGCAAUCCUCAUCGUUAUAUUUU